AUGUUUGCGAUGUCUUAUGGCAAUGGCUCGUCGGAAACGGUCGAGCCGCCGGUGGGUGCCCACUGCCACUCCGAUUAUGGUGCUCGGUGGGCGGCGGCGCACGCGUGCUCCCAGCCCGCGGCGGCCCUUCCCGUUCAUGACCAUAUCGCCGCCGGCUCGAGGACUCGAACGCGACCGUCUACGGGCUGGGUUUUUGCGCGCUGCCCAGGAAGCGAGGCCGUGCCGGAUUCCCGAGCGCUCAGAUCCGCACGGCGGCCUUCCACGUCCAUCAUUAGGCGCGCCCCCAUCGGCCGCUGCGCCGACAAGCCGGUCCGUCAGUCGUCGCGACGGCACCCGACAAAGCUGUCGCCGGCGCACGCGUCGCUACAUACGAUGCAAUUACUCCCAUUCGGUACUUUACGCGCGUUUAAUACUGUCAUCCGC